GGCAGUGCUGUCAAAAAUGCAGGAGGAGCCAGUUGUCUCCGCCCCGUGUUUUCUGGUGGUGCUCAGUGAGUACCAGUGGGAGUGAGCGCUGGUGGUACACGGUGAAGAGGAGUGGGAGUGAGCACUGGUGGUGCACGGUGAAGAGGAGUAGGAGUGAGUACUGGUAGUGCUUGGUGAGGACGAGUGGGAGUGAGCACUGGUGGUGCGCGUUAAGAGACAAGCGGAACGGCCGGAGCCUGCAGCGCGGCGCCCGGGACCCGUGUAAUAGUCACCCAAGAUGGCGUUACUGAGGCUGGGAGCCCGUUCGUGUGUGGUUGCAAAGAACAGUUUGAAUAAUUUGUGCCUUCGUGCCUCAUGGCAAUGGCAUUCAACUUCAGCAGCAGCAGCAGCGGCAGCAACAGGACAGGUGGCAAUGAAGGAAAAGCCUCAGCUGAGAGAAAGAAAACCCAAGACUGGCAUCCUCAUGUUGAACAUGGGAGGUCCUGAAACAUUAGAUGAUGUUCAUGAUUUCUUGCUUCGGCUUUUCAUGGAUAAAGACCUUAUCCCCCUUCCAGCCCAAAGCAAACUUGCUCCUUUUAUUGCAAGACGCCGUACUCCAAAGAUUCGUGAACAGUAUGACAGGAUUGGUGGAGGGUCUCCAAUUAAAAAGUGGACAGCCAAGCAAGGAGACGGCAUGGUAAAACUCCUUGAUGAAAUAUCUCCAGAAACAGCACCACACAAAUUUUACAUUGGCUUCCGAUAUGUUCAUCCGUUAACAGAAGAAGCAGUGGAAGAGAUGGAGAAAGAUGGGAUUGAGCGAGCAGUAGCAUUUACACAGUAUCCUCAAUAUAGCUGUUCUACCACAGGGAGUAGUUUAAAUGCAAUUUAUCGAUAUUAUAAUAGCAAGAGCAUGGCGCCGAAGAUGAAAUGGAGUACUAUAGACAGGUGGCCAACACAUCCCUUGUUAAUUCAGUGUUUUGCAGAUCAUAUACAGCAGGAACUUGAUCGCUUUCCACCGGACAAGAGGGCUGAUGUAGUUAUUCUAUUCUCUGCUCAUUCAUUACCUAUGUCUGUAGUGAAUCGAGGGGACCCCUAUCCUCAGGAAGUGGGAGCAACUGUCCAAAGAGUCAUGGAAGCACUAAAUUUCAGUAACCCAUACAGGCUGGUGUGGCAGUCCAAGGUUGGCCCUAUGCCAUGGCUUGGCCCUUCAACAGAUGACACGAUCAAAGGAUUAUGUGAGAGAGGAAAGAAAAAUCUACUGCUCGUCCCCAUAGCGUUUACUAGCGAUCAUAUUGAAACUCUUCAUGAACUUGAUAUAGAAUAUGCACAACUUUUAGCCAAUGAGUGCGGUGUGGAGAAUAUUAGGCGAGCUGAAUCACUAAAUGGAAAUCAGCUUUUUAUUAAGGCUCUGGCAGAUCUGGUAAAUACUCAUCUAAAAUCAGCAGAAACUUCUUCCAAACAGUUGAGUCUACGUUGUCCACUUUGUGUUAAUCCAGUGUGUCGAGAAACCAAGGCAUUUUUUGCCCGUCAAAAACUUUGAAAUGGUAGUCAUCGGCCUUGGAUUGUUCUGCCCUUCAAGACUUGUGAUCAAAUGGUCAUUUUGAUUUUUUUCCUGCUGUGAUAAUACCUGAAAUACCAUCUGUACUAAGUAUAAAAAUAAGCUCAAUCAUUGGUUUCAUUUUUGAAGUGCAUCCUUUAUUGCAGUAAUGAGCAGUUCUUCACUGAAGAAAUAUGAUGUGAUAGUAUUGCAUUAUUCUCAAGCCAUGGUAUGUUGGGGGGAAAAGGUGCUGAAAUUAUCAGCUCUAUACUUUUUUUCCUCUUGGUUUCUAUUGAGUGCAGCAAAGGAGGGAAGAACGCUUGAAUGUGAGUUUCAAAAGUUUAUUUCCAUAUAUACAAUUAAGCAUAGCUUUGAAUAAGAUUCAUAUUUUAGUGAAGAUUUGUUUAAUGAACUUAUGUAUUUAUGAACAAAAAUGCUUAAAAAAUCACAUUUCAUUUUUCAAACCUCAUGUACUUGAUUUAUACUCCACUCCAUGUAAACCCCCUUACUGUCAACAAUUAAACACCCUUUUUAUAAGAAGGGUUUUAGAUGAAAUGUACCUUCCCUGCCAAAUCUACAUCCCAAAGUAAAAUGAACAGUUUUUGAGUGUGGGAAUAGGAGGUAAAAUAAUUUUGUUUCUAGACCGGCUUUGCUUAAAAUUUAACCAGAUAUAUGAUGAGUGUGGAAAUCAAUUUAACAUGUUUGAACUUCAAAGACAAACUCCUGAAAUCUAUUUGUUCAAUAUUUUGUAAAUGGAGCAAACGCACUUGUCCAAUGGCACAUAAUCUAAAGAGAUUAAGUGCAUGAUGGCAGAGUUUACCCAUUAGGCAGUUGCGUAUAGCAGGAAUUGACCAGCCGGACCUGUAGCAUUCAAGUACAGAUCAGUUUUGAGCUUCAUGCCAUGCGUCUUGUGAAGACCAUUUAACUUGCUCACCUGGUCUUUAUUGCUCCAUCUCUUUCUUUAUUUUUGACUUUUUUCCCUCCACUGCUGCCCCCUUUGCUCAUCUCACCCAUUGUAUUACUUCACUAUUUAUGAAAAUCCUGCUCCAAGAAAUAGCAAGAAUCAAUGUUACUAUAUGUUGAUUCUUUAUCUGUAGUGAAUCACCUCUUUAGAGUAUAAUCUCUUCUCACUACAAUAUAGUCAUAUAGGUAUUAUGUGUGUUGAAACACAUGAUGAGAAACAUGCAUUGUCAUACUUACUAUGUAUGCACUGCAGUGGAAAAUGAGCAAAACUGGCCUUGCAACUCGGCCUGUGUCCUGUGAAACACGUCUUUUGUAGAUAUAUGUUGAAAUUUGUGUUUAUCAAACAGUUCUUCAUUACUGAUGACAUGUAAAGGGAGCAAUAAUAUGCUGUAGGAUACAGUAAAAGUGAUUAGGGAACAUUUAUACUGGGGAAAAGCUGUUACUGAGACUAAUAUUGAGUAUUAUUUAGGAAAUGUACUUCCAUACUGUGGACUUAACUCAUCUUGUUUUCCCUAUGAAACAACUCAUGAUACAUGUCAUUUAAAUAAUGUGGGUAUUAUAUGUCAUUCAUGUUUUAAUUGGCUGUUAGAGUGGCAGUGAUCUGCCAGAAUUGCUUAUUUUACUCACCAGUGGUGGAUGGUGUAUAUUCUUUGGUAGCACCUCUACCAGCUUUGCUUAAUCAUUGAUGUGAAUCUAUAAAAGUAAGUUGGACUGGCAAACCAUCUCUGAUCUGUGACUUGUAUUACAGAGUUUAUACAUAUUGAACAACUAACUGUUGAAUUCAAUCUUUAAGAUGAAUUGUGCAAAAGAAAAAUCAGCAUUCUGAAUCACAGUAGAUGCAUUUGGCCUGUUAGCAGAUGUAGACUGGCUCUUUGAAAGCUAUGCAAUUUUUUCCCAUCCCCUGCUGUUGAGCUCUAAUAAUCCAAUAAUCUUGCACUCUUUCUAUUUCAAGUAUUUAUCCAAAUCCCUUUUGAAAGUUGCUGUUGAUCCUGACUCAGCUCAUCCUUUCAAGCAGUGCAUUUUAGAUUAUAACUCACCACAUUUAAGAAUAAUUCUUUCCCCAUUUGUCUACAAUUAUUUUAUCCCAAUUAUCUUAAAUCUGUGUCUUCUGGUUACUGACUUGAGAAACAGUUUUGCCUUAUUUGCUCUACCAUUUGUUUGGAGAAGUACUUCAUGAUAGACUCAUUAAUCCACUGCAUUUCAUUUUAGCUAAAGUGGUGGCAUGGAUUUUACACCAGCCAAGGGAAUAGAAUGGAAUGCUAAACAGUCAUAGUUUAGAAUGUAUAACCCAGAGGUUAGCAUUGUGCCCACUACUAUUUUUAAUUUGUAGUUAUUACUGUUACUAUUUGUAUUUGUAAUGCAUUGCCCUGCUGCUGCAAAACGCUAUCUUUCAUAGCAUCUAUACCCUUGGUAUAUAUGCCUAUGACAAUAAACUUGAACUAUCUAAAUUAACAAAAUUAAUCAGCAUCUUUAUUUCUUACCUUCCCAAGGACCAAAAUCCCAGCUUCUCUGGUGAAAUGAAAUCAAAAUAAAAUUCCUCAUCCAUGGUACCAUUUUACUAAGUCUUUGAAUUCUUUUCAAGGCUAUGACAUUUUUCCUAAACUCCGUUGUGUCUGUAAUUGGAUACAGUGCUCCAUCUGAAGUCUAAUCAGUAAUUGUAAUCAUUUAGCAAAACCUACUUGCGUUUAUACUAUUUGCCUCUUUAUUUAAGACCAAUGCCCAAUUUGCUUCAGCAGCCUUUUCAAAUAAUUUCAACUUUAUUUUUAAGAUUUUGUACUUGUAAGCUCCGAAGUCUCUGUUUCUGCAACCCCUUUAAAUUUAAUAGCAAAUUUCAAAAUUAUGCUCUACAUAUCCAAAUCUAGAUUAUUAAUGGACUAAAAGUAGUAGUUGAGCCCAAUGCUAACCUCUGGAUUGUACAUUCUAAAAUAUGACUGUUUAGCAUUCUAUUCUUUUCUCUAGACUGGUGUAAAGUCCAUGCCACCACUUGAGCAAAAGUGAAAUGCAUAGGAUUAAUGAGUCUGUCAUAAGGUACUUAUUGCAAACAAUGUUUGCAAGUUGAAAAUACACACCAAUCAUACUGUUCUCAACAUUGUGUGCUCUGAGUACUUGAAGUAGUUCCAUACUUUAUUUCCUUGUUUUGACUAGUUACCUAACUUUUCCCCCUGUCAGUAUUAAUUAAACAAUUUAUUCUUUAAAAAUUCAUCUCUGUCAAGAACAGGAAUGUCUGUUGUUUUUUGCCAUCAUCUAUCUUCCAUAAUUUUUUUUCAUGUGUUCUUCCUUUAAGCAAUUCCUCAUUUUUCCAAAGGUUUUAACAGUAUUUAGUGCCAAUUGUUUGUCAAUUUUCUCUUAAAAUUGGAAAAUAAAUUCUAGAUGGAAAUUUUGCUGUGUUGAAUGAUGCAGGUACUAUUUCUAAUCCAGUUUUGUUUUUGCUGUACUAUAACAGACUUACUUAUGUGACCCUUGCUAUUUCUCUAGAAUCUGAAUUGACCUGUUUAAGCAAAUUACAAAUCAUUGAAUUAGAUAUGUAUUUUUCUUAAGCACUGAGGAAAAAUCUAGUUCAGAUGCUGAAAAGAAACGACAUAAAGGUAUUAGUUCUCUCAUGUCUAGCUAACACAGAAUUGAAAUGGGAGCUCUCCAAUUACCACCACCCUGCCCACUAACAGAUACUUUCCAAUCUUUCCAGCAUGGAAUAAUGUUUGUUAUUGUUUCUAUCAAUAAUAUAAACUAUUGUUAAAGUCUGCACUUAACUCGAUAGGUCUUAUUUUAUUUAUAGUGCAUCAUGGGAUUCAACACAGGAAGAAUAAAAGAAAAACCUGUUACUUGAACAAAGGAAGUUUGAUUACACACUCAAAUAACAUGGGCUGGGAGGUGGAAGAAGUAGUAGGAGAACCAGUGCAUUGUACAGUAGGACAAUAAAGCACAGUUAGUUUUGUGGACUGUAACUCGUUAAGGCUUAAGUGAAUUACCAGGUGAUUGUUCACCUGAAAUGGGUAAUGAAAGUCAUUUUACAGUCAUGCCUUAACACAUUUGCAAUUUUUAAAAAUUUUAUUUGUUUCUAUUCAUGAUUAUCCUUCAAGAGGAAGUCAGUACUUCCUGGUCUUUAAAAUAAUAAUAUGGAAAUAAUAUAUCAAAGCUCUUGUACUCUCUUGCCAUGAUUUAUUGAUAUUAGCCUAAAAUUCUGAUUAUCUCUUUCUGGUAGUGAAAUGUUGAAUUUAAAAUUGAAUAUUGAAUUAAAUAUGGGGGGGGAUAAAACUUAACUGUAGUUUUAACAGCAAAUGAUUGAAGCAAUUAAAUAUUGUAAUAAAUAUGUUUUAUCUGAAACCUUGUUUUUAACAAGCAUGGUUUUCUGUUGCUAAUACAACAAUGUUGUAAGCUGUCACCAUUUAUUUGAUGCUAUGUUUGUAUAAGUGUUUAUGGGGAAAGAGUAUAACCCAAUAAUAGAAGAUGUCUUGUGCUUUGAUAAAGCAGUAGUACACAGAAGCACUUCAUUUUAGAAUGUGUUUGCAGUUUAUUUUGUGGAAAAAGUUGUGUUGGUACAAGCUUAAACUGUCAGCUUUCCUCGGUUGGUAAUACUGGUGACAAAACAUUGUAUAUUCAAGUUCCAUUCCAGGAUCUUAAAUCUAGGCUGACAACUUAGCUGAAAUAGAUGAGGGUUGCAGGGUGCCUUAUAAAACAACAAUAACUGGAAAUCACAUUAUCUUGUCCUUGGUAGAAGACUUUGGUUAGAUGUCCAGAGCACUGUAAGCAGUUUAGGCUCCAAAAUCCUUCAGUAAUGUUGAUACAUUGAAAACUGUACAGGCAAGGAUUGCAAGAUUUAUUCCCAGCCCAAAAUCUUAUGAUAGGCUGAAACAAUUGUAAGUCUACAUUACACAGAAGUACAGAGUAUAGAUGAGCUGAUUGAAAUUUAUAUGACGACAAAGAGAGUAGAUUACACUCAUGUUUAUUCUUAACAAUUGAGAGAACCACAGUUUGCAAUUUUAAAAUUUACAAGACCUACUCUGAAAUCAUUCUUCAUAGUUCAUGGGGCUUAAAGCCAUAUGGGUUCUUCACCUAUAGAACAACAGAUAAAGCUCUUAGGAUUUUAAGGUUUUUCUUCCCCAAUGCCUUAUUAAGCUAUUUUGUAGAUGGGCAUUUAAGCUAUAGAAUGCAGUUGUCAUGUUGUAAUUGUAAUCAUUUGAA